GAUCCGAAUUCAUUCUCUCUAAACUCCCUUGUAAAAGCACCCGUGCGUUCUCCGUUAUAAUAUAAAUUGGGCUACAGGUGUUCCACCUAAAGUCCUACCGGUCAAUCCGCGUGUUUUUACCUUUCUUACUUUGCCAAAUCAAGCAAACUAUUCUAGACCCGGCCUAGUAUAGUUUGACCGGUCAAGUAAUUUACACCAUCAUUUUUGGCGCCGACCGUGGGACCGUUAAGGUUUCUUCUCCUAAAGCACAAACCUACCCACGAAAACACCACUCGAAAUGUCUUCCAGCCAACAGAUCAACGCUAUUUCCGCUCAGGUGCAUGCCACCAACGAGGGUACCAGCAUCCCUGCAGCUGCUACCAUACCGGUCAUUUCAGCUCCGGUGUUGCCUUUGGGUCUAAGCUCUGUCUCGACGGCCAGCGUGAUCAGUCCCUUCGCGACCCCCGUCCCUUCCGCUGGACCGAGGGUUACGUUCCCACCAAGCAUGGCUCAGUUCAUGAAUGACCCAGCCAACCUACAAGCCAUCCAGGGCUUUGGCCAGGUCAUGGCCAUGUGCCAGCAGAAUGGGGGGAUGCCUUUCCUCCCUGGUAUGUUCCCGUUCGCUCUUCCAGGCGCGGGAACCAUGCCCCUACAAGCCCCGAUGGCGGUGACGUCGUUCCAGACACCGGUGCCGCAGCCAUCACCUUUCCAGCCCCAGCUGGCGAGGUGUGGGAGGCCGAGCCUGCCCGCACCCGGCGCUCCCGGGUGCUUGAGGACGAGGGCCUCCCACCAGGAAGGGGAGGCAGAAAGCCAGCCUAGGUUACCGGUGGCGAACCGGUUAACCAUCCCAAACGACCGCGUCCAGCAGAUGGAGGCAAAGCUGGAAAGGCUGGAAAAGAAGGUUGGAGAGAAGAAUGACCGGGACAAACCCCUGGCAGGGUCCCCGUUCACCACAAGGGUCCAUCUGACACCUUUCCCGCGAAAGGUCAAGAUCGACGCCCCCAGAUUCACCGGGAAGGAAGAUCCGGAAAUCCAUCUGGACUCCUUCAACCAGAGUGCGACCAGGAACGGUUGCACCGAUGAAGAAAAGUGCCUUCUUUUCUUCCAGACCUUACGGAACCGAGCCACUGAAUGGUUCAAUAAGCUUCGCCCGGGAAGCAUUGACUCGUUCAAGGCCAAGUUCCAGGAGAAUUGUACUGAGAGGAAGAAGUUCACCUAUCUUAGUACAGCCGGGCAGAGGGAGUCUGAGAACCUUACUCAGUUCCUUACCCGGUGGAAGGAAGAGGUGGACAAGGUGGAAGAGAUGGAUGACAAGACCGUCCUCUCCCUCCUCUUGAAUGGCUUGCGUGCUGGGGAACUAUACAAGGAGUUCUGCCGGAAACCCCCAGCCACGUACCAAGAGGCCUACCAUACUGCGUGGGAGUUUGCUGAGGCUGAAACCCAACUCCGGGCAAAGAGAGAAGCUGAGCAUGGUCACAAGCCCAAGCCGUUACAAGUCAAGAAGGAAGAAGUACCGGGACCUAGCCGGCCGAGGCACCACUAUGACCCGAUGAUCGACAGUGGAGAGCUGGGCAAAGAUUACUUGCAGAAAGCCCAGGAGAAGAGUCAUCAGUGGGUUAGGCCAGCUGCCCCAGUGAACGACUGGGACAACGACCGGCGGAGGAAUAACCGGCCAAGGGAGCGGCAACCUGCUCCCGAAAAAGAGCACAUCGGCAUGAUCUUCGGCAGACCCGAGGGUGGAGAUUCAGCCGCGCAGCGGAAGAACUGGGUCCGGAGCAUUUACGUUGGAGAGGUAAGUGCUGAACCGCCCAGGCGUAAACAUACUAGGAGGGAGCCGAUCGCCUUUACUGACCGGGAUCUCCCUCCUACCGGUGAAGAUCACAAUGAUCCAUUGGUCAUCACCAUGGAUAUUAAUGGGGUGGAUGUCGCCCGGGUACUUGUUGACACCGGCAGCAGUGUCAACAUCUUAUACCUAGAGACCUUCCAAAAACUCAGGUUGUGUCGAACACAACUUGAACCCCUCAAAACCCCUCUCUCAGGCUUCACGGGGGACACCGUUGAAGCUGAAAGAUCCAUAGUUCUACCGGUCGAACUAGGAUCAGGUGAAAAGACCGUGUGGAAGAAGAUGCGGUUCAUAGUUGUGGACAUCAAAUGCGUCCACAACGCUAUUCUUGGAAGGCCAGGCAUCAAUAAAGUCGGGGCGGUGAUUUCCAUGCCUCAUCUAUGCAUGAAGUUCUACACUCCAGGUGGUGUGGGUGAGGUGAAGGGCGACCAGAGGAACGCCCGGGAGUGCUAUGCCCGGGCAGUCAAGAAAAUGACCAAGGGGGUCAAUGUCAUCUCCCAAGAGAUCACAAAGGGAGAGACCCGGGAGAAACUGGAGCCCGAGGCUGAGACGGUGGAAAUCGAACUUCACCCGGGUGAUUCUUCGAGGAUGGUCAGAAUUGGAGCAAAUCUCCCCGAGGAUCUCAAGGAACAGAUUACACGGGUCCUCCAAGAAUACGCGGGCAUAUUCGCAUGGAGCGUGGCGGAUAUGCCCGGGAUAGAUCGCUCUGUUAUCUGCCACCGGCCCACUGAGCAAUGGUGGGAGAUGGCAGUUGACGGGGCAUCCGGUCCUAGAGGAUACGGGGGUGGUAUCGUGCUCACCACCCCAGAAGGGUUCAAGAUCUACCAUGCAAUCGUCUUCAACUUCAAACUGACGAACAAUGAGGCAGAAUAUGAAGCUCUGGCUGGAGGGCUCAGACUUGCCCAAGCCCUGAAAAUCAGCCGGGUCAGUAUCAAAUCUGACUCUAGCCUGUUAGUUGGGCAGGUGACCGGUAACAUGGAAGCAAGGGAAGGACGCAUGGCACAAUACAAGGACCUUGUACUUGCCCUGUUGAGAGGCUUCGAAGAGUUCAAGAUCGCCCAAAUUCCCCGGGCAGAAAACGCGGAUGCAGACCUUCUCUCCAAAUUGACGCAGUAUGCUCCCGAGCAUGUCUCAAAACUUGCCUGGGUAGAUAUCCUUGACUGUGCAAGCAUCGAAAGAUUGGAAGUCGCCGCUAUAACGGCCGGAAGCCAAUUUGACCGGUCAAACUUGGUCGGGGCGGACGACCAUUGGAUGUAUGAUCUGAUGGAAUAUUUGAUGGAUGGGAGCUUGCCAGAACAAGAUGACCGGGCAAGAAAAGUGAAGCUUAGGGCACCCCGAUUCCAGAUUCUUGAUGGAAAGCUGUAUAAAAGGGCAUUUGGGGGGCCACUCCUGAGAUGUCUAACCAACCGGGAGGCUGAGCGAGUCAUCGCGGAGGUCCACGAAGGCGCAUCAAAUGUCCCGUACGCUUUCCCAACGCAUCAUCUUGAUGGGAUAUUAUUGGCCAACAAUUGUGCAGGAUUGUGAAAGGUACGUCCAGAAAUGCAGGACGUGCCAAGUAUUCUACAAAUAUCCCGGUAGACCGGCGGCCUACUACCACCCCGUAUCGAAUGUCAUCCCAUUCGCUAGAUUCGGGG